GUCACGGGACUGCUGGUGUAGUUGUCCUCUGCCUCUCCCCACCACGAACUGCGAAGCUCUCUUGACAAGUCAGACCGUUGCAUGCCCCUGCAGCUUCGUGCCCGCGCCAACUCAUCUCGUCUCAUUUGGAUGUUGUGCCUUUUGUUGUUACUGCAGACUAGCCCUCUCGAACACUACGUGGGCAAAAUCGUACCUGAACCACCGGGUUUCUUCGAACUCACCCCUCCAGCGCUGGUCAGGUCUUGCGACAGCACUUGCUCCCUACCUGUGCUACACGUCCGAUAAGAGUCUCUGUUGAUCGUACGCGCAAGAUUUGCAGAGUGUCUUCCCCUUGGACGACUACCUUCUUUUCGCUCCAAUCGAUGCUCUUUUCCCGACUUCCAUUUCUACCUUCCUGGGGACCAGCUCUCAGAUCCACUCGUCAGCUCCCAUAUCGGACAAGGCCCUUUUCUGUUUCUGCUUCCCGUUACGCCGUCGACAUGGGAACCGUGAAUACCUCGGACCGCCUGGCUCGGCUGAGACAGCUGAUGCAGGAGCGCAAGGUUGAUGUAUAUAGUAUGACAUCAGAUAGCCCAUUUCCCAAUACCUCUUUCUCGUUCUCUUGCCAAAUGAGAUCAUGUUCUUAUUAUUGUCAAAAGUUAUCCCAUCCGAAGAUAGCCAUCAAUCCGAAUACAUUGCACCUUGUGAUGCCCGUCGAGAAUUCAUUUCUGGCUUUUCCGGAUCUGCUGGCAUUGCCAUUGUUUCUAUGACAAAGGCAGCGCUUUCCACCGACGGGCGAUACUUCAACCAGGCCGAGAAGCAGCUGGACAGCAAUUGGCAGCUACUAAAGCGCGGAAUUGAGAAUGUCCCAACAUGGCAGGAAUGGACCAUGGAGCAAGCCGAAGGCGGGAAGGUCGUGGGUGUUGACCCUGCUCUCAUUACCGCCGCAAGUGCACGGGAACUCUCAGAAACCCUAAGGAAAAACGGCUCGUCCCUCGUUGGUGUCCAGGAUAAUCUAGUUGAUUUGGUCUGGGGCAAGGACCGACCCGAGCGUCCAAAUGAACCAGUUAAAGUUCACCCGGACAAGUUCGCAGGAAAGUCUUUCCAAGAAAAAAUCAGCGACUUGCGCAAGGAACUAGAGACUAAGAAGAAGGCCGGCUUUGUGAUACCUUUGCUCGACGAAAUUGCUUGGCUGUUUAAUCUCAGGGGGAGCGAUAUCCCAUACAACCCAGUAUUCUUCUCAUAUGCGAUUAUUACACCCACCACCGCCGAGCUUUACAUUGAUGAGACCAAGCUGACUCCCGAAGCGAAAGCUCACCUUGGUCAAGACGUCGUCAUCAAGCCCUAUGAAGCUAUCUUCGUAGACGCCAAGGCACUGAGUGCAGCCGGGAGGGAAGCUGGCGAUAUGUCUUUGAAAUUCUGGCUAUCAAACCGAGCCUCGUGGGCCCUCAGUGAGAGCCUUGGAGGCGAGGAGCAGGUCGAAGAGGUCCGUGGCCCCAUUGCAACCGCGAAAGCCAUCAAGAACGACGCAGAGCUUAAGGGCAUGAGAGCCUGUCAUAUCCGUGAUGGUGCAGCCCUGACGGAGUAUUUUGCUUGGCUCGAAAAUGAAUUGAUUAACAAGAAAACAACACUCGACGAGGUAGACGCUGCAGACAAACUGGAAGAAAUCCGGUCGAAACACGAUCUCUUUGUCGGUUUGUCCUUCGACACCAUUUCUUCCACUGGCCCCAACGGAGCUGUCAUCCAUUACAAACCUGAGAAAGGAAACUGCUCUAUAAUUGACCCAACCGCAAUCUAUCUCUGCGACUCCGGCGCUCAGUACCUAGAUGGAACCACUGACGUCACCCGGACGUUCCACUUCGGGCAGCCUACCGAAUUUGAAAAAAAGGCUUUCACUUUAGUGCUGAAGGGUUUUAUUGGGAUCGACACAGCUGUAUUUCCCAAAGGCACAACCGGCUAUGCGCUAGACGUUCUGGCAAGACAAGCGCUUUGGAAAGAAGGUCUCGACUAUCUCCACGGAACGGGCCAUGGAGUUGGCUCCUACCUGAAUGUUCACGAAGGACCUAUGGGUAUUGGCACCCGAGUCCAGUAUACCGAAGUUCCCAUCGUCGCUGGCCAUGUCAUCUCGGAUGAACCUGGCUAUUACGAAGAUGGCCAGUUUGGUAUCCGCAUUGAAAAUGUCGUAGCCGCACGCGAAGUGCAGACAGCACACCAGUUCGGCGACAAGUCAUGGCUUGGUUUUGAGCAUCUCACCAUGACGCCUAUAGGACAUAAUUUGAUCGAGCCGUCUCUGCUGAGCGACGCAGAGAUAAAAUGGUUGAAUGAGUACCAUGCCGAGGUGUGGGAGAAAACCCAUCACUACUUUGAAAACGAUGAGCUGGCCCGCAACUGGCUCAAGCGCGAGACAUCACCCAUCUCUAAAUAAGUCAGAAGUAGGGGGGAUUCAAGAUAUGAUGCGUGCUCUGGGCGAGCAGCUUUUAGUAUACGUCAAGUGUUAAUAGACAGAGCAUACUGCUGGUGUUGCAUAUAGACAAACUUUCGCACGCAGCUUUAAUGAAGUACUCUCUAG